AUGGACCAGAUAAUGUCGGAUGUUAAUGACUCUCAGCAAAGGCGUCAGCCCUUGAGAGAUGUGUCGAGCCGGAUGAACAACUCCAAGUCGCCAAAUAUCGAGACACCGCGCUUGAGGAUCCAGGAUUCCGAGCACCUGAAGAGUCCGGACCGGAUGUCUGUUCUUAUGACUCCAACACCCCAAAGAAACAAGGAAAAUGAGCGCCUCUCCGUGGCCACCGACCUGCAGCCCGACUCAGCCCGAAACUCCAUCAUGUCUGCGGCAUCCAUAUUAUCAACCAAAGGAAAAAGAAAAACACACGUGGGACCAUGGCAGCUGGGACGAACACUGGGGAAGGGGGCCACUGGGCGAGUUAGACUGGCCAAGCAUGCUGUCACCGGGCACACGGCCGCUAUCAAGAUCGUUUCCAAGAAGUCAGCUGCUAUGGUUCAGAGUGAGAGUAUCGCGGCGAUGGACCGUAAUAUGGGAAACUUCCCUACCAACUCAGCCACCCGACAAAUGCCCUGUGGAAUUGAACGUGAAGUGGUUAUCAUGAAGUUGAUUGAACAUCCAAAUGUGAUCAGUCUCUAUGAUGUUUGGGAAAACCGGGGAGAAUUGUACCUUGUGCUUGAACACGUCGAGGGUGGAGAGUUGUUCGAUUAUGUAUCUAACAAUGGUCCACUACCAGAAGAAGAGGCUGUGCGACUAUUCCGACAGAUCAUCGCGGCCCUUGGGUAUUGCCAUCGUUUCAAUAUCUGUCACCGCGAUUUGAAGCCCGAAAACAUCUUGCUUGAUUCAAACCAUAAUGUCAAGCUUGCUGAUUUUGGUAUGGCUGCACUGCAACCUGCUGGUCAUUGGUUGAACACUUCAUGUGGUAGCCCUCAUUAUGCAGCACCAGAGAUCAUUUAUGGUCGAAAAUACCGCGGCGACAGAGCUGAUAUGUGGAGCUGUGGUAUUAUUCUCUAUGCCCUUUUGACUGGUUACUUGCCUUUUGAUGGAGGGGAUUUGGGAAGCACCCUGCGUCUUGUGAAGAAAGGAGACUACAUCAUUCCUCCCGAAUUGAGCGAUGAAGCAGCCGACCUCAUCCAGCGUAUCCUCCAAAAGCGUCCAGAAGAUCGGAUAUCUAUGCAAAAUAUUUGGUUGCAUCCGUUGUUGACCAAAUAUGAAAAACUUCACAAUGCCAUGGUUGAUCACUAUGUUGGCCCUCCUCCUGCCCUGUCGGUGAAUGACUGCGGUCCAACCCUGUCCAGUCGGCAGGACAUUGAUCUUGAUAUCCUUCGCAAUCUGCAGACUUUGUGGCAUGAUGUUAAGGUCGACGACCUAAUUCAAAGGCUUCUGUGCAUCGAACCGACCCACGAGCGGAUGUUCUAUAACGCCUUGGCAAAAUUCCGGGAUGAGCAGCUGGAAAACUACCAAGGACAGCCUCUAGAGUACUCGGCUAGUGAUUAUCAUCACAUCUCCCGCCCCGGUGGUAGAGUUCGUCGAGGCCGCAGCCAGACGGGCCAGGGUAGUUCUAAGCAUCGGGCUCAGUUCCCGUCUGUUAAAGAGUUCCCUCGCCGCCUCAGCUCCUUCAAGGAACCGAUGUCCUCAGGUACUGUGGAGAGCUAUGACCCAUACCGGUCACCCAAGCAUGGUGGCACAGGCUCCGAAGCACAAUAUGCAAAUGUUACUGUGCACCGAGAGUCAUCAGAAAACCCCCAAGCUAUUCUAUCAUCGCCGAGGGUGAAGCCUCCCCCUUCCAUUGCGGAGGAGCAAGAGCCAGAGGAGUCAGAUGGGCCGGAUGGCUCACCAUUCACUGUUCUCCAGAAGCGUAAGCACGGGCCCAGCUCCAUGAAGUCUUUCGUCUCCUCCAAGGUACCUCAUUCCAGCUCCAGGGCUCGCGGAAUGUCGACACACUCCAUGGGCUAUCGUCGCAACGUUUCUUUCCACCACGCUCGCAACCGGUCUCAUGGAUCUACAUCGGCCAAACCCAAGAAGAGAAAGAUUGCGACACCAACGCAGCAAAAUGAGAUUAAGCGGUCACCGAGCACCUGCAGCUUGCGACUUAUGGCAGAUGGCCUUGAUCUCCCGGACAUGCCAAGCAGCCCGCCCCUACCAGCACAGCCAACCGUGGUGCGAGCGAAUGGUCCGAAGGUUAAGAGCUUGGGGCAAAUCAGGAAAGUUCGCGAUACAGACUACACAUGGAAGGAGGACACUCGAAAAGUCUCCCAUGAGCUCAGCCAGAUCUGCGAGGAGGCAUUCAAUGGAAGCUCUGCUACAACCAUUCGCACCACGAGCGGCGCAUCUGGAUACGAAACCCCGGGAACUCCAGUGUCAAUGGCAAGCCCCGAGCAAGCUCAGCCUACUUCAACGAUCGCGGUGUCUAAUACUCCCCAGGAGUCAUCCCGAUCUUACAAUAUCAAGGAGCUCACCGAGACACGCCAAAAGCUCAUUGAACACAGCCGUGGCCGAAAGGACAAUGUCCCUGCCUAUCUGUCUGGUGUCAUCACUCAUCUCGAUCGCUUGAUUGAAGAAGAUCAGGUCCAGAACGGUACACGGAGAGAGUUGGAUGUAGCACCUUCUCAAGAUCCUUUCAUCACUUCACCGAGCGAGACCUUCCUCCCUGCUAUCAGUGAGGAUGCCGCAAGCCCUGUCCGCGCACCCAGUGAGACCAGCCCUCGGCGUCACCAAAGGCCAAGGGCUUCCCUCGCUACAUCCCAGGGCGGCGAUGCUAAGGCAACCAUUCGGAUGGUCCCCCACAGCUCAUUCCGCUCUAUGGAGGAAGUCAAGCCUCUGACAAUUCGGAAGAAAAACCACAGCAAGUUUGCUUCCUCCGAUGUUCGUGAAUUUGCUAUGGGUGAGUCUGCGGGCAGCGAUCGGAACUUUUCCGUUGGAUCUCGACAUGCCGGUCAACCUAGUGGGCUGGCUCCAAUCGAAGAAAUCCCACUGUCCCCUAAGAAAACAACAGCCCGGGCCUCCGAAGGGAAGAAAUGGUCAUGGGCUCUGAUAAUCCCCCCUGCUCUCCCACCCAAGGACAGCCACCUCAUUGUUCCCAGUGGAGGCACGACUGUGCACAAUCCGAUUACCCUCGAGCCUGCUUCUCCUCCCAAUGCAGAGAAUACGGAGCGAGUCCCAAGACGGAAGACGUCUAUGGAUCGCUUUGGCGGUGGAUUUUUCAAGAAACUCUUGACCAAGAAGUCCAACCAGAAUAUGCAAGAACCUCCUGCUAGCAAGGAGACAGACAUCCAAACCGUGCCAACCAAGGAUAGUCGUUACUCUUCUUUGAUGUGCAAGGGACUUGCAGACACCGACAGCUCCGUCGAAGCUGAUGACCCUCCAAACUCAUCCCGCCACAAGCGUCGCUCAAUUGCCAACCACAACUGGUUUGCCCGGGUCUUCCAGAUCAAGCCUGCUACCCAAGUGAUUGCACUGAACACAUCCAAGGUCAAGGGACGCAAGGAACUCUACAAGCUCCUUCGCGAGUGGAGGGAUUUCGGCAUGGAAGAUGUGUACCUGGACAAGACCAACAGCAUUGUUCACGGCCGUGUCAGCGAAGCAAAUUUCCUCCAUCUUCGAGAGGUUGAGUUCACUGCUGAAUUUUACACUGUCCUUGAGCACGGCCACCAAGCCAACCUCAGCUUGAUUCGCUUCAAACAGGAGCGUGGCGCUGCUUCGUCUUUCAGCAAGGUCGUUGAGACUGUACAGAACACACUAGCGCGCCGUGGCAUGGUUGUUGAAGACCCAUCUCGUGCAAAGAAGAUGGCGCGCGUUCUGGACUCUGUCCCUAACCACAAAUAA